AUGGAGCUCUUCCUGUCUGCUCUUCUGCCGCCGCUGCUGCUGCAGGUGCUGAGCUCCGUCAGGGCCUAUCCUAGCGGGGCACCCACGGGCGCCUGCGAGGACAUGACCCCUCGACAUGGGGUGCCAGCACAGUCGUCACCAUCGCCCUACGUGCUGAUCACCAACAGCCGUGUGUUUCAGCCCGGUAAAGCCAUCACAGUGACCAUCAGUGGACCAGAGUACAGAGGUGUGCUGCUGGAGGCUCGCUCAGGAAACAGUUUCUUUGCUUUGGGCACCUGGCAGAAUCCUCCUCCUGAUACAAAGUUCCUGCAGUGCACGGAUAAUCCAUAUGGCGCCAUCACGCACGCCAACACCAACGUCAAAGGCAACGCAACAGUCUACAGCUGGAUGCCCCCUGACAUUGUGACCCCCGUCUACUUUGUGGCCACGGUCGCCCAGCAGCGCACCGUCUUCUGGGUGAACGUGAGGUCCAACGUGAUGGCCAGAGGAAAAGAACGUAUCAGCCUGGCGACGGAUGCAAGUGUCGGCUUAGCUGAUGGCAAACAUUUUGUUGCCCUCUUGACUUGUUUGCUUAUGCGGCUUUUGUUGCACUGA